GUAGUUCAUUGGAAGUUGCGCCCCAUCACGAGCGUUUUUUUUUUUUCUUUUGAUUCCUUUAAUUUUUAUUUUAUUUUUUGUCUGACGGUGAAGUGGGAGUUGUAGUGAAAAACCAAGCAAAACCCCCAAUCCCCAAUGCUCAAAUUCUUCACCCCUUCAUAUCUUUUCUUUGGUUUUUGAGCAUUUCCUCGAAGAGAGAAAAAAAAUUAGCCCAAAAAUUUUGAACUGAGAAACAGAGGAAGGAGAAGAAGAAGAUUAAGAAAUCAACAAACAUGAAAAGAGACCAAUAUCAUCUCCAACCCAAUCCAGACCCAUCGAACGUGGGCAGCUUCUCCGUCUGCGGUGGUUCUACAAACGGAAAGGCCAAGAUGUGGGAGGAAGAAGCCGCCCAACAAGACUGUGGAAUGGAUGAGCUUUUGGCGGUUCUUGGCUACAAGGUUAAAACUUCGGACAUGGCAGAUGUUGCUCAGAAGAUUGAGCAGUUAGAGGAAGUUAUGUGUAAUGUUGAAGAUGAUGGGAUUUCGCAACUUGCUUCUGAAACCGUUCAUUAUAAUCCUUCCGAUCUGUCCACUUGGCUCGAAAGCAUGAUUUCUGAGCUUAACCCUCCUUCCACUUUUGAUCCUGUUGUCGCUGCUAGAACGACGGCGGCGGCGUCGGCUAUAUUGGACGAUUCAUUUCUUGGCCCUGCUGAGUCUUCAACUUUGACGACGUUGGAUUUCAACAACAACCAAAAACAUCAGAAAAGAGGGCAACAAAUCUUUGAGGAAGCUUCGUGUUCAGAUUAUGAUCUCAAAGCAAUUCCUGGUAAGGCUAUUUACUCUCAGAAAACCCAAACCCAUGAUUCCUCUUCUUCUUCUUCCACUCAAAACAACAUUAAAUCCGAAAAACGUUUGAAAUCCACAUCCGGGUCGCACUCGGAUAUCUUAGCUCCUGCCGCUUCCUAUGGAAUUCCGACCGAGUCAUCUCUUCCUGUAGUUCUGGUUGACUCACAGGAAAACGGAAUCCGGCUCGUCCAUGCUCUGAUGGCAUGUGCAGAAGCUGUCCAGCAAAACAAGCUUAAUCUCGCGGAAGCGUUGGUGAAACAGAUUGGGUUUUUAGCGAUUUCUCAAGCUGGAGCUAUGAGAAAAGUGGCUACAUAUUUUGCUGAAGCGUUAGCUCGUAGGAUUUAUAGAUUAUAUCCUCGAAACCCAAUCGACCAGUCUUUAUCAGAUGUUCUUCACAUGCACUUUUACGAGACCUGCCCUUAUCUGAAGUUCGCCCAUUUCACAGCUAACCAAGCUAUUCUUGAAGCUUUUGAAGGCAAAAAAAGAGUUCAUGUUAUCGAUUUUUCGAUGAACCAAGGAAUGCAAUGGCCUGCUUUGAUGCAAGCUUUGGCGUUAAGAGUUGGUGGUCCACCGGCUUUUAUGUUAACUGGGAUUGGUCCUCCCACUCAUGAUAAUUCGGAUCACUUGAAAGAAGUUGGUUGGAAGCUAGCGCAAUUAGCUGAAACGAUUCACGUUGAGUUUGAAUACCGUCGGGUCGUGGCUAAUUCUUUGGCCGAUUUGGAUGCUUCAAUGCUAGAUCUUAGACCGGGUGAAGUUGAAGCCGUCGCCGUUAACUCAGUUUUCGAGUUGCAUAAAUUGUUGGCUCAACCUGGCGCUAUUGACAAAGUUUUAUCGGUGGUGAAACAAAUGAAGCCUGAGAUUGUUACUAUCGUUGAGCAGGAAGCGAACCAUAACGGUCCGAUAUUUUUAGACCGGUUCACUGAAUCAUUACAUUAUUACUCGACGCUUUUUGACUCAUUGGAGGGGUCGGUGAGUACUCAGGAUAACGUUAUGUCGGAGGUGUAUUUGGGGAAACAGAUUUGUAACGUGGUGGCUUGUGAAGGGGUAGACCGAGUUGAGAGACACGAGACGUUGACUCAGUGGAGAAACCGGUUGAGUUCGGCCGGGUUUGCGCCUGUUCAUUUGGGUUCCAAUGCUUUCAAGCAAGCCAGUAUGUUGUUGGCCUUGUUUGCUGGCGGAGAUGGGUAUGGGGUGGAGGAGAAUAAUGGGUGUUUGAUGCUGGGUUGGCACAAACGCUCCCUCAUUGCAACUUCUGCUUGGAAACUCGCCAACAAAACAACAGCUAUUUCCCACUGAGUUCGUGAAUUGAUUCAAUGAGUUAUAGUCAACUCAGUUUGGUCCUAACCAAAUCCUAUCUCGGUGGCUCUCAGUGUUCUAUCCUGAGCUGGGUGAUCCUUCCUGUCUGGUGAGACUGAGACCCUCCAGACCACCAAGGCACCAAUCCCAUUCCUGCCCUCCAUUAUUUUAAUUUCAAGUUUCAGUUACCUCUGUUUAGGAUAUUUUUCUUAUCUUUUUCUUGGUUGGGAAUCUUUUGUAUUUUCAGGGUGAAGCAAAAAGGGUCAGUGUAUUUAUUUAUAUAUAUAUAUAGCUUUGGUGGAAAUAAAAGAAAAAGAUUGAACUUUUUUCUUCAAUUCUGGGAAUUGACCUGGAAAUGUUUGGAUUGGAGCGAGCCUCCAUGAACAAUGAGAUUGAUUUAAUAAAAAUUAUG